CACCGCUCGGGCCGGGGAACUUUCCAGCUGUGGAAGGUGGGACUGAACGCCAGGCGCCGCCUCGCCACGUGGGUUCAUCCGUUGAGGCGCCUUCACUGCCGACAUCUGAUCGAGUUCUUAGCCGCUGGUCUUGCGAGGGGUUCUAGACAGAAGAGAGCCACAGGCCAGACAGGGUCGGCGUGACGGCACCCGAAAGUUCUGGCCCUCUCGCCUCCUUCGUUCUCAUCAAAGAAAGUUGGAGGGUUAGAUUUUACAGACGACAGAACCUAGCCUAGAACCCAGGGCUUCUGACUCACAGGCCGGAAUUCUUUUCCCAACUGCUCCCUCACGGAUAAAGAAACUGCGGGAAUAUCGUAACAGAGGGAAGCACAGCGACAGAGGAUGUGAGAAGGAAGGUGUUAGACUGUAGAAAUGCCUGGAAACCAUCGUUAUAAACUAUGAUUUUGAAAUAUUUAAUAAUUCACUGGAAGUGUGAAACAGGAGUAUCAAAUGGAGCAUUGCUGGAAGGACAGCUAGUGAUUUCCAUGGAAGCAUUAAAUUCUAAUCACCAGGAAAAUACUCUUCACUGUGUAACAACAAGGUUUUUUUUUAAAUGCAUGCUACAAGAUGUUUAUAUGAAUUAGGAGGAAGGAGUUACAUAGUCCUCUAAAUUUGUGGAAUGCUGGUUAAAAUCAAUUGCUUCUGCAGGAAGCACUUAUGGUGGUUUGGUUCUCAAGAAGUUCAUAAAAGGUUGAAGAAAUCUAUCACCUGUAUCACGUUUGGUGGUUGAGUUGUUGAGGUUCUUUGAAGAGGCAGACUUGAGUGAUCACACUUCCUGACUGACUUGCUUGGCUGGAAGAGCCCACUGAAUAUGCAGCAAUGGCAACUAGUCUCUGCUUUUUUGAAGUAGUGAAUGAAGAUCUGACACAACAUUUCUGAAAGAAAUACAAUCUAUACUGCCCGGAUUCUCUGCAAAGCUGAACUGGACUUCAGAAGAAGCCAGCUCUUCUCAGGACAUAUCAGGGGUAACACCCUUCCAGAUGAUUUUUGAGGUUGAUGAAAAGCCCAGAACUUUGAUGACAGAUAGUUUGGUGAUAAAGAACUUUUUACGCAGAAUCAUCAUGGUACACCCUAAGAUUAGAUUUAAUUUCAGUGUAAAGGUGAAUGGAAUCCUUUCCUUGGAAAUCUUUGGGACAAAGAACGAACCCACUUUGAACCUGUCGAAUGGAAUUGCUCUUGUUAUAAACUAUCAACAUUAUGUGAGUAGACCAAAAUUUGGUGCAGCUCAAUUACUCUGCAGUCGAAUCCAUCCUGUGCUAGGACAUCCAGUAAUGCUUUUCAUCCCCGAUGACGUGGCUUGCAUGGGCUCGUUGGGAGAACUGAUACUCACUCCAGCUGCUGCUCUGUGUCCCUGCCCAAAGGUCUUUUCCAACCAGCUGAAUAGAGUUUCUUCAGUUUCCAUAUUUCUAUAUGGACCGUCAGGCCUGCCUCUGAUAUUGCCAAGUCAGAAGCAGCCAACUACUACUGUCUUCGAAGAUACCUCUUUCUUCAUUGACUGGAAGAAAUACCACUUGUGUCUGGUGCCCAAUUUGGAUCUCAGUUUGGAUAGAGAUUUGGUGCUUCCAGAUGUGAGUUAUCAGGUGGAAUCCAGUGAGGGGGAUCAAUCUCAGAAUAUGGACUCCCAGGGACAGACUCUGCUGCUUUUUCUCUUUGUGGAUUUCCACAGCGGAUUUCCGGUCCAGCGAACAGAACUCUGGAGAGCCCAUACUUUGCUCACCGUUCAUCUCAGUGCCAUCCUCACGGAGAGCCACAGUGUAGUGCAAGAUUCCAUCCAGGUGACUGUGGACCAGGCCUUGGAACAGUAUCACCAGGCUGCCAAGGAUCAUCAGAAAUUGCAGGCCUCACUCUCAGUGGCUGUGAAUUCCAUCAUGAGUAUCGUGACUGGAAGCACCAGCAGUAGCUUCCGAAAGAUCUGCUUCCAGGCCCUUCAAGUAGCUGACACUCAAGAGUUUGGGACUAAACUGCAUAAAUCAUUUCAUGAGAUCACCCAGCACCGAUUUCUUCCCCACUGCUCAUGUGAGGUGAAGCAGCAGCUGCUCCCAGAGAAAAAUGCAGAGCAGAGCACAGAAGAUACACAUGAGAACAGCAGUCCAGAACUCCUUACAGGAACCAGCGAGCAAGUGGAAAACAAGAGGCUCAAGAGGGGCAGCCUCCGGCGGGGCAUGGAAGAGACGCAGGCUUUCCACUCUGCCAGGGCCCCGAGCCAAUUAGAGGCCGCCGCGCGCCGCACAGAGCCUGCAGGGGCCUUCCCGACCCCUAGCGGAAGCAGGGCGAGCCCUGGGGGCGGCCUGGAGGACUCGCUAUGGCUGCAGGAGGUCUCCAAUCUAUCCGAGUGGCUGGAUCCCGGCCCUGAGCCCUAAGCUAGGGUGAUCUCCCCAUGCGCCCACGCCCGCCCGGUAGCUGCCGGGGCAGCGUGCUGUCUGUUGUUCAAUAAACCUGCUCCGCGCGCGCA